CCCAUUGGUUUUACGAUUCUAGACUUUUUUCUCUCUCUAUAUAAACUCCUACUCAUCACUUUCUCUCACACUACCAUCUAAAACCCUCAAUCGGUUUUUCUCUGCCUCCUUUAUCUCCACCCAAUACUCUGUUUUUUUCGCUCUCUACAAUCGCCAUGGGAUCUGACAAGAAGAUCAAGAUCGGAAUCAACGGGUUCGGAAGAAUCGGUCGUUUGGUUGCUAGAGUUGCUCUUCAGAGAGACGAUGUUGAGCUCGUUGCUGUUAACGAUCCCUUCAUCACCACCGACUACAUGACCUACAUGUUCAAGUAUGACACCGUUCACGGCCCGUGGAAGCACCAUGAGCUCAAGGUCAAGGACUCCAAGACCCUUCUCUUUGGCGAGAAGCCCGUCGCUGUUUUUGGGAUCAGGAACCCAGAGGAGAUCCCAUGGGGCGAGGCCGGUGCUGAUUUCAUUGUGGAGUCCACUGGAGUUUUCACCGACAAGGACAAAGCUGCUUUCCACUUGAAGGGUGGUGCCAAGAAGGUUAUCAUCUCUGCCCCAAGUAAGGAUGCUCCCAUGUUUGUUGUGGGUGUCAAUGAGAAGGAAUACAAGCCAGACAUUGACAUUCUUUCUAAUGCUAGCUGCACUACCAACUGCCUUGCUCCCCUUGCCAAGGUUAUCAAUGACAGAUUUGGAAUCGUUGAGGGUCUUAUGACUACAGUGCACUCCAUCACUGCCACCCAGAAAACUGUUGAUGGCCCAUCAUCAAAGGACUGGAGGGGUGGACGUGCUGCUUCCUUCAACAUCAUUCCUAGCAGCACUGGCGCUGCCAAGGCUGUUGGAAAGGUGCUGCCACAACUUAAUGGAAAAUUGACCGGUAUGGCCUUCCGUGUGCCAACUGUUGAUGUUUCAGUUGUUGACCUGACUGUCAGGAUUGAGAAGAAGGCAACCUAUGAGCAGAUCAAAGCUGCCAUCAAGGAGGAGUCUGAGGGCAAGCUUAAGGGCAUCUUGGGUUACACUGAAGAUGAUGUUGUCUCCACUGACUUCAUUGGUGACAGCAGGUCAAGCAUUUUUGAUGCCAAGGCUGGAAUUGCAUUGAACGACAACUUUGUCAAGCUUGUGUCGUGGUACGAUAACGAGUGGGGUUACAGUUCUCGUGUUGUUGACUUGAUCGUGCACGUAGCAUCCACUCUCUAAAUCCCGGACGGACGAGAUCGAAGGCGUUGAUUUCUAUGUUUUUGGUUGAGUCUAGGGUGUUUUUAGGUGUUAUGGUUUGGAGCUCUGAAUAAGAAGUCUUUAUCUUGUGCUCACUGCGAGUUAAAUCUGUCCAGGUUGUCUAUUUUUGAUGUUCGACAUUUCAGUUUAUCAUGAACUCCCCCCCUUUUUGCUGAUUUAAAUUAAACAUGACAUUGUAAUUUAGUUUUACAAGUUUGAUAAUAUAAGCAAAGGUUAUGGGGUUGCCAAUGCCAUAA